AUGGCUUCACGCCUUCACCGCCGUGAUCCCCGCGCCUCUUCCUCCCUCUUUGAUUCCUACGGUGGCGAUUCCAGGCCAGCGAGUAGAUCCCCGGGCAAUGUCGGUGGAUAUUGGUAUGGCGGGUAUCCAGGCGCCGGUGCUGGUACCGACAGACCGAUGAACGGAAAUGGGAGUGGAGGGGGUUAUAGGAGUGCGACUCCUAAUGCAAAGGGUCAUUACUCGGACGCCGUCUUAUCACAUCUUGAAUCGCAGAACGAUGAAGAAGUCGAAGGGAUUACGGCCAAGGUCAAGAUGUUGAAGGAUAUUACACUUGCCAUUGGCGAUGAAAUCCGUGACACGACACAUAUUUCGGAGCUGAACGAUUCGUUCGAGAACACCCGGACUCGGAUUCGUGGGAAUAUGAGCCGCAUGCUACGGAUGGCGGAGCGCACGGGUGUCGGGUGGAAGGUGUGGAUUGGAUUCUUCGCGGCUGUGUUCUUGCUCUUCUUCUACGUCUGGAUUACUUGA